CUGCGGCGAACCAGCCCUCCUCUGCUAGCAUCGCUGCAGGUUGCCUGUGAAGCACUGGAAAAGCCAAAUAUUUUCCAUGUGAAGCAGCACUGGCACUCGCCUGUGGGACAGGAGCCCAGGGGAGCCGGCUGGGGCCUUGCUGCCCUGGACUUGCGUGCCUCGCCCUCUCUCUCCUGGUUUCUCCGGGUGUCCUCCCUGGCCAGAGCCCGAGCACUUUCCAGCCUGAGCAGGAGGAUGCUUGGGCCAAACCGUGCAGAAGCAGGAACUGCCGCUCCAGCCCACCCCUGCACCCUCGCCUCCCUCCGAAGACUUGCCAGGGGCAUUUGCUUGAUGCAUCCUGACUCACGCAAGCUGGCGCAGCCACCCCUCUGCCCCACUCUCCGACCCCAGUGGCUGGAUGCGGAGCCCCUGGAGACUGUGCAGGGCUUGCAGGAGGGAGGUCUGAAGCUCCCUACCACCCCACUUCCCAGGGAUUGCUCUUGUCCCAGGUGGGAGACACUGCACCCUGGGACACACGCAGCCCUGGGACAUGGAGGAAUACUGAAACGAUCCCCUGUGGCAGGGCUUAGCACCUAACCGUGACUGGGUUUCUCUCUCCUGCAGAGUCGACACCAUGAGCCAGCUGAUUCUUUGCGGGCUGCUUCUCUUUGCCUCCGGGGACCUCAUUCAGGCAUGUCCUGCAGGCUGCCAGUGCCAAGACCCUAAGACCAUCCUGUGUGCAGCAAGACGAGGCCACACUGUGCCCAGCGGGCUGCCCCAGAACACCCUGUCCCUGUACGUCUUUGAGAAUGGCAUCACGAUGCUCAGUGAGGACAGCUUUGUGGGCCUGCCUGCCCUUCAGCUCUUGGACCUCUCACAAAACAAGAUUACCAGCAUCCAGAAAAACGUCUUCCAGCCCUUAACAGAGCUCGUCAACUUGGACCUGUCCUCUAACCACCUGCAAGAGAUCACCAAUGAGACCUUCCAUGGGCUGCGGCUCCUGGAGCGGCUCUACCUGCAGAGGAACAGGAUCCAGCACAUCCAUGCUGCUGCAUUUGACACUCUCGAGAACCUACUGGAGCUGAAAUUGCAGAACAACCAGCUCUGGGCCGUGCCUCCCCUUGACCUGCCCAACCUCCUGCUGCUGGACAUCAGCUGGAACAAAAUCCCCGCUAUUGCACCUGGGGCCUUCCAUGCUGUUAACAUUGAGUCUCUAAAGAUCGCGGGCCUGGGCCUAACAAGCCUGGAUGAGGAGCUUUUCCAGACCCAGAACAACCUCCAUGAGUUGGACGUCUCUGACAACCUGCUGGAGCGUGUCCCAGCAGUGCUGCGGCGGCUGGGGAGCCUCACCAAGCUCAGUCUGGCUGGGAAUGCCCAGAUCUCCCAGCUGCUGGCAGAGGACUUCCACAACCUUCACAACCUCCAGGAGCUGGACAUCAGCAACCUCAACAUAAACACCAUCCCUCGGGACUUCUCCGGCUUCUUCCCGAGACUCCGGGCCAUGACAGCUGCAGGCAACCCCUUCAACUGCAUCUGCCAGAUGAGCUGGCUCGUGCACUGGGUGAACGCCAGUGGUGUGGUUCUCCGGCGGCCCGAGGAGACACGGUGCCACUUCCCCCCCAAAAACUCAGGCAAGCUUCUCCACCACCUGCAGUACACUGACUUCGGGUGGCCCCACGCUCUCCUCCCCACCAGCGGCCGCCCAUCGCUGGAGCCCAGCACUUCAGCUCCCACCCUGGAGGCCAGGGCCCCGCAGGGCAGCUCCACACCGAUGCUGUUCAGCGCCCCGUUGGGCCCCACGAGCCCCCCCACGCAGAUCUGCCCCCCUCGCACAUGUCUGAAUGGCGGCACCUGCCAGCUGGAUGCACAAAACCACCUGGAGUGCCUGUGCCCGGAGGGAUUCGCUGGGGUCUACUGCGAGUUGGAGGUGAGGAGGACGACGGUGUUGCCAGCCACGCAGGCCCCCACUCAGAGCAGGCAGAUCAGCAUCAAGCAGGUCAGCAGCACGUCCUUGAAAGUGGACUUGCAGAACUAUGUCCAGUCCAAAGCGCAGCUGAAGGGCAUCCGCCUGAGCUACCGAAAUCUCUCUGGGCCAGACAAGCGGCCCGUCAUGCUGCGCUUACCAGCCUCGCUCUCCGAAUACACUGUGAGGGCGCUGAAGCCCAACUCCACCUACCGGGUCUGCAUCGGGCCUCUGGGGGAGAAGGUCUCCAAGGAGGAGUUCUGCGUUGAGGUGCAGACCUUGCAAGUGACCCACCAGCAGCACUCGCCUGUCACGCAGAGCAAGGACAGCAACCUCACCCUCAUGAUCGUCCCGGCGCUGGCCGCUGUGCUGCUGCUGGUGGUGGUGGUCACAGCUGUCACAUACUACCGCCGGCACCGCCGGGCAAAGACGCACACCAGUGCCGGGGUGGACUCCAGCCCCCUGGAGCUGGAAGGUGUGAAAGCCUGCCUGGAAAAUGGGGAUUUGAGCAACCACAGCCACAAGGGGCCAGAGAACGCAAUGCUUUCAAACACCUUGGAGUGUGAGGUGCCGCUCAUGCAGUCACACUACCCCAGCAACAACAACACCACAGCACUAAAGCCAUCCUAUUUCUAAAGCAAGAGGGGACAGGCUGCCAGGCGAGGAGAGCCCCGGACUGAGACGAGGGGUGCGCUCCAGGAGCGGUGCCAGGGCUGUGUCCCUUCCGGGACGAGGAACACUGAGGAGUUAACUAAAUUAAGGCGGAAACCCAAAACUCGUAACGUGCAAUUUCUGAGAGGCUUACACACUUAGGGAGUAGACACUAAUUUUACCGCUCAGCUUAUGACUAAGUGCCUUGAUUUCUGUGACUCUACGUAGAACGUGGGUAGCGAAAGAAGGUUUUUUUUUUUUUUAAUUUAGGGUUUGGGUUGGCCUUUUUUUUUUUAGCUACUGCUAAGAAGAAACUUGUCUGUGACUUAGCUAAGGGGCAUCAAUGUGCUGGUAACAAAGGGUCCCUCAGCUAAGCAUGGCCUGUGACUCUGAACUCCCUGGGAAGUUGAUGUGAGCAGCAAUAAGGAAAGACCCCCGUCCCCCGCAGGAGGCCAAGGUGCUGGGACCCUCGGCCUCUCUGUGCCGUGCAUCGAAGGAAGUGCCAAGAAGGCGAACCGGCAAUCGAAGCUUUAAGAACUCGGAGAGAAUAUUUAUACAUGGUUAUUUCCCAUUUCUUCUGGGAAAGCUCUUUUCUAGUACAGGUUUGCGUACACCUGUUUUGUAAGGCAGACAGAAGGGUGUCUUUUUGUAAAAAAAAAAAAAUAAAAUGAA